CGUAUUCGAUGGACGACGUGUGUUCAUCGAUGCGCCAGACGACUACCAGGUCCACAUGAUGGUGAAGUAUUUGACCAAACGUUAAUACACCUCUCACCUCAAAUACUCGUUCUUGGAGUAGGUGGUGCGAGUAUAUGAGUAUGAGCAAGCGAUAAUUCACUGUAUAGUACAAAUAGAUCUCUGAAUCCAGCUCAUUCUAUGGACUUGAAAAUGGUUUAAUUUUUUCCUCGGGUUAUAUAAGAGACCUGCAUCUUGCAUCAGUGUGUUGGAAUGAUUUCAGCAACCCUAAUUUACAGACGGGUGCCAUGGUGCCACCUAUCUGGUACUGACACCUUUAUUUAUUUACGUACAUGUGUAACACUGUAACCUCACAUUAUUAGUGUAUGGUUUGGUAUACCGUUUAAAGAGUGAAAUGUAAAUGAAAACAGUAGACAUGAAAAUAAAGUUUGAAUGGACAGGUAGUGGAAGGUCACGAAUACAGACCUCAUUUGUGAUUUAAUGUUGAUGGGAUGGAUGCUCGCGAGUGUUAAAUGGCAUCUGGAUGACAUCCAUAAAUUAAAAGACAACAACAUAGAUGUUUUAUGGUGUAUUGUAGCGGGGUAUUGUAGUCGUAUCCUAAUUGUACAAUUGUAUAUUGUAGUUCUUGACCUGACUAUUAAUUGAUUGAAAUAUGGAGCAUCUCAUCAGAUGCGAUGAAACUGUAACUGAGUCUAUCAGUGCAAGGGCAUUUAGUUCAAAUUGCUCAACUCAAAUUUCAAGUAAAAGUAAAAAGAUAAAAAAAAUAAUAAUUUGGAUAAUGAUGGAAAUUACUUGGGAAAAAGCUUUGAUAGCUUUGAUGACAUGUGCCGUGACAUCUGUGGUUAGUAGAGAAAUACCUCGAACAUCGAACAAAGUGUCCUCUUCAAUUCCAACAGAACAGCCGCCUGAUAACUUCUGCAACGGUAGGCCUCCAGGAAGCUACGCAUACCCCUACCCUCCAUUUGGGAAACCAGGAUGCACCUUUUUCAAAUGCUCUAACGGCGACGUCUCUGUGCACAAAUGUCCCCCGGGGACCAGGACUGGGUAUGGAUACCCCGCAUAUAGGGUUCCACACUCGUAUGUGUAUCCGUACGAGUAUCAUGGAUAUCCAUUUUUACGACCAUAUUUCCAUAAUGAACAAACGAUAUGCAACUCAUUCGACUAUUAUGGAGAGUGUGGUUUGCCGUAUCCUCCACGUGGACCCACGCAUGAUUAGGAUAAUGCCGGAGACCCCGGGCGGAGACCAGAUCAUGUUUACCCCAAGUCAAAUCACUCGUAUUUUAAACAUUCCAAACUGUUGCAAAACUUUGUAUUAAUAUGUAAACUAGGACAACUUGAUUAAUCACAUGAUACUUUUGAAAUAUGAAAUAAAGUAUAUUUCACGACAUUCAAUGAAA